UCUGUGGAGGACUUCCUUCCUUCCUUCCUUCCUUCCUUCCUUCCUCUCCGUGCGGCCGCUCCUCCCCCUGGUUGUGCAGCAUUAGCCCGGCAUGCAGCGCGGCGCGCCUCACUUCCCGGCCGCGAAGAUGGCGACUCCCAUGCACCGCCUCAUCGCUCGGAGACAGGCGGAGGCAAACAAGCAGCACGUCAGAUGUCAGAAAUGUUUAGAGUUUGGACAUUGGACGUACGAAUGCAAAGGGAAGAGAAAAUACCUGCACAGACCUUCAAGGACAGCUCAAUUAGCAAAAAUUCUCAAAGAAAAAGAAAAGCAACUACUGCUGCAACAAAGCACUGGAGAAAGUACUGCAGAAAGGAAGACAAAGAAAAAAAGAUCUAAAAGUAUAACAAGUUCCAGCAGCAGCAGCAGUGACAGUUCGGCUAGUGAUUCCUCAUCUGACAGCGAUGACUCUUCUACCUCCUCCUCUUCUGAUAGUGACAGUGAUGAGAGCUCCUCUACAUCCUCAUCUUCUCCAUCCUCGAGUAGUACUUCCUCAUCUUCGGAGUUUGAAUCAGAUUCCAGUUCCUCCAGCAGUAGCAGUAGCAGCACAGACAGUAGUUCUGAUGAUGAGCCACCAAAGAAAAAGAAGAAGAAAUAAUGUGUUACAGCAAAGAACUGUUAUUGAGUGAAUUAUAGAGGUUUUGAGCACAUGGUUGCCAAAUGGUUUAACUGGUCAACAUUUCUACUGCUAAAACUUUCUAAAUGUUCUGUGUAGUUCAUAGGACAUGAAAGAUAGCAAAUGGCACGUGAAACUUACUGAAAGAGUAUUUUUGAGGUUUAUCAUUUUAUGGGAGAUCUUACUUUUUUUAGUUUAGAUGUCUAUCAUCAGAUUUGUUUCUAUGAGCUAAGGCCCAGUAACCUGGAUGUUUACAUGCUGGAAAGCAAAAUCUUUUUAUUGCAGAUCAUGCCGUGCAUCGUAUACUACUAGUCUGUUUAUGGCAACUUCACUUACAUUUAGAAAAUCCUCUGAACUAUUAGAAGCAACUGCAGCACUGCUGCCUGUAGUGCACUGUCACUGUUGAAAUGGAACUCGUGGUGUUGCACACAGAGGACCUUCCAUCUCACUGCUAACUAAUAUGUGCCGCUGAGCUUUUUUUCUGGUGGCUUUCCCUGAUGCUUCCAGGUUGAGUCUUAAUUGCAACAUAAACCUUUCAACAGCGUUCAUUUGUUAAUGAUGAAUAUACUACUUGUACUGUACAGAGGCUUUGCCUGUUUCCACAGUCCUUGUAUUUGUAGUACUUUUCCAAGAUGGUGUCUCUUGCAGCAAUGGCCGUGUAAGAAAGAGGAGCAGUGCACGAUGGAAGGAUUGACUGAUGCUGCGUAGGAGUUUCAUCUUUGUGCCUUUUUUUUGUAAACCACAUGUAUCCUAUUGAAAGAAGGGCUUGAAUAGGUGUGUUUCAGAACUAUUAGCUUUCAAUAUAGAAUAGUCAGUAAAAAUGGUAGUAGCAAACAAAAAUGGCACUAUUUUUCAGAGAGAGGAAGGCUGUUUUCACUGACCUAUCAGUGAGGAGCCGUCUUUAAAUGGAAUUCCCAAAGGAGGGAGUUUCCCUUUUGAUAUUUUUGCAAAAAAAACUCAGAAGUUGUGUAAUGUAAGACUACCAGUCUGUGUUGUUGGCAUGUGGUGACUGGCGUUAUGGUCUGCAGUAUGAUCAGUCCAUUGUCUGUGUGAGUGCAUACGAAUCUGAAAAUCUGCAAUGAGGGAUGCAAACCAAUGCAAAGAAGUGUACUUUGUACAAGUAUACUAAGUGUACUGCAGAACAAUUACUGCCAGUUACAGAGUGAAACUUUGGUGUUCUUCUGGUGGGCUUGACCAGUCAGCAUUCACCUUCUGAUUUGUGAUGUUGUCUCCUGCGUUUCUUAUUGUUGGAGUUCCCUUUUUUUGGGGGGAGGGGACAUCACACGUGGAAGAAUUCUUAAAUAUCUUUGUUUAGGUAAAAUAUAAUAACUAAACUAUUUUUUAUAUUUUUAUGGAGAAUGUAGUGUGUAGUAUUACUUUUGAAUAAACUGUGCUUCUAUUUAAAUGUUUGAAAAUAUAUAUGUUGUGUGUUUUAGUCUGUAAUCAUUACUGUGUUUUACAGAACGCCGCAGACCUGUAAAUAAAAUGACCAGAAAAUUGUUUGAA